CAAGCGAAAAAAUUGCACAGUAGCCAAUAUUUGGCACUUGAAAUAUGAUCCAUCAAGAUACCAUUCUAAAUCAAACGGGAUUAGAACGAUGAGAUUAUGGAUAAAGAAAGCUAGAUUAGAAAAACAAUAAUUCACAAAGGGAUUUGGCCAUGUCUCGAUUUUCGGUAUAAAAGCCAACGAACCAACCUAGACUUUCCAGUUUGGUAGCUUAAACUAAGAGUGCCAAAAUGAAGAUUGCCAUUGUUGCCAUUGCCUGUGUCCUCGGGACCUUUGCUGCUGCAGAAACCGUAGAAGAACUAGGAUAUGACUGGGACAAUAUCAAAUCCCUGGAUCUUUUCGCCGAGCCCAUUGGCCCAGCCCCUCCUCAACCAGGUGGCCUCAGAGUGAUUGGAGGAACAGUUGCUGCCCGUGGCGCUUUUCCCUAUCAAGCUGCCUUGAUUGUGAACCUUCUCAGUUUCUGCGGUGCCUCCAUCAUCAGUGGCGAUUGGAUCUUGACUGCUGCUCACUGUGUUGACUCAGCUUUGGUGGUUCAAGUGGUGGUGGGCGCACAUAACCCCAGAACCACUGUUGAUGAACCCACUCAGGUCCGAUUGAGCGCCAACGGCCGUGUUAUUCACUCCGCUUGGGACAGGGCGAAUCUUCAAAACGACAUCGCUCUUCUGAGAGUGGCCGGUAUCCCAGUAGGAUCUCCUGGAAUUUCUUCCAUUUCCCUAGCCCCAGCCACUUCCGGAACUUUCGCUGGAUCAACUGGUAUCCUCACUGGAUGGGGAAGAACCAGCGAUGCCAGCAAUGCUGUAUCCAACGAACUCAGAACAGUUCAACUCCCCAUUCUGACCAACGCAGUUUGCCAGAGCUCUUUCGGCAGCAUCGUCACUGCUCAGCACAUCUGCACCUCAGGGGCCGGAACUCGAGGAGCCUGCAAUGGCGACUCUGGUGGCCCAUUGGUGGUUAGCGGUGUUGAAGUUGGUGUUGUUUCAUUUGGAGCUAGUCAAUGCGAAGCAGGACAUCCCUCAGUGUUUGCCAGAGUUUCCUACUUCAGGAACUGGAUCUCAUCCAACUCCGGCAUCUAAUGAUUUUGAGCGAGCGAUUUGAUUAAAUUUUGUUUUUUUGCUU